GUAACUGAAGGUUGCAUGACAAAUCAUUGUCCCGAUUUCAAAAUUGCUACCUUUCUAUCAACAAGAUAUCCCAACUGCGCUUGCGCGUAUCAAUACCUGGCAGAAUCGGUUACCAUGUACCACUGCCGCCACAUCACAUUUCUUGAAUGUAUUUGAACGAUACCACAUCGUCAAAUUCUUGAUGUAAAACAUGCGCAGUUGGAAAUUUGGAAUACAGAACUUGGCACAGUGAAAGAUAAUGGACCUUUGUUCGAUCGUGGAUAAUAUCGUGAUAGAUGUAAAAAUCAAAUCAUUAUGCCAAAUACCAUCAGUAGCUCCGCGAGGAAAUAUGCAGUGCUGUAAACCUUCACACAAACAAACAAAUAAACAAAUAAACAAGUCUAACUGUGUGGCAUCGGUUAUACAUUCUGUAUAACAAAUUCCAAAGACUUGUUUCUGGCAUCAUAAAAAGAACCAUUCUAGGAUUUUACAGUAACACUUUGCUUGAAUGAUGGCCGGCUGUACAUUUCUCGUGGGACUAGUACUCGCAGUGUUCGUGGGGAGAGCAAGUUGCCUCAGCUGUGGUGACACUUCGGGUGGCAUUUGCCCCCCUGGUUGGCAGAACUGGGGCGAAUCGUGCUUUGCGAUAACUACAUACAGUCUCAAUUGGUAUGACUCGGCCGACAGAUGCCGACAAUUGGGCGGUAAACUGGCUGCACCGCGUUCAGCUGAGGAGAACGCGUUCGUCAGCGGUCUCAUCGGCCCUCAACACGCAUGGAUCGCCUGUAACGAUCUGGAGGAAGAAGGAAAAUGGCUCUGCGACGAGAAUCGUUGGUAUAGGAAUUGGCAAGGGGGGCAACCUGAUGAUGACCUUCAGCGGCAAGAUUGCGCUCAUAUGAUACGAUAUUCCGGACAGUGGGGUGACGACUAUUGCCCGUACUACCGGCUCGUCGCUGUAUGCAAGCGCCGAGUGGCAGUUAACAGCCGUCUGUUGCGUUCUUGGCGCCUCCUCUCCGCGUGUCUGAUUGGCCACGUGUUGUCGGAGUAUCCAAUCAGCAGUCUCGACCACUGCGCCUGGCUGUGCUCCCAAGAUCCCGGAUGUCGGUCGUUCAAUGUCGUUCAUCGUGGUUACGGAGAGAAGUUAUGUCAGCUCAACAGCGCAACAAGGCAUGAUGUAGAUUCACCACAGUUUCAUGUAGGCAAGAAAGGUGUGUGUAUCUACGGAGAAAAGUAACUGGUUACAAAAUUGAGAUCAAAACAGAUAAAAAUAUUUUCUGUGAGAAUUAUAUAUAGCAGAAAACAAAACAACUUCCAAAAUGUAUGAUUCACGUUGGACUGCACCAUUAUGGUUGCACUUUUAAAAGAAUAAGCAAUUGGUUAUGUAGGCCCUAUGUCUAUCGAAAUAUUUCUUAAUGCAAUUUUAAAUUAGCGAUUUCCUUUUUACCGUCAAGCACAACUUAAUAACUCAGUUAAACGUCCCUGUUUUAUAUCAUAAAACGACAUCGUGUAGCCUAUUUCUUUGGAUCAUUUUAAGCGGAUUCAGUGUAAAGGAGUGAAAUCUGAAAAGGCGAUUAUAUAGAACAAGUUUCUCAACUUCCAAAGCAAAAUGAAAAAAAAAAAAUCCCCAAUGUAAAUACGAGGUCAGGUGGGACCUUGAAUACAAAACACGUGAUUAAAAAAAUAACAUAUACAUGUAUAUAGCUGAAAUGUAACUAGAUAUGAAUAUUUAUAGAAUUUCGCUGAAAACUUUCUGCACCGAAGCGCGCUAUUAUAAACAACCAUUUUAAAAAUUGUAAAAAGGCC